CCUUCUUUCUUUCUCUCUUUUUAUAAUCAUUCUAUUUCUUCUUUCCUUUGUCUUUUUACUCUCACUUUCCUCCCCUCUGUUUUUCUCUUUGUCUCUCUCUCUUUCACCUCUCCCUACUCCUCCUAUGCUCUUCGGCUUCGUCAUCCACCACCACCACCGCUGCCCACACUCUCUCUUUCUCCUCCCACUCCUACCACACACUCUCUCGUUCUCCUCCUCCUUCCUCGUCUCCUUCUUCUUCCUUCCUCUUUCUGUCCCCAGUCGCUCGCCGUCCGUCUUCCCAGGUAUCUGUUGCCAUUUCUUCAGUUGUAUAAACUGUGAAGAUGGUGAAGCAAGAGAUAGUUUCCAUGAUAAACAACAACUGAAUAUUCGGAUGUUGAAAUUAGUCUGGGCUUCAUCACUUGUUGGAUUCAACAGCCAUACAGUCUUGUAGCCUUUCUUCAUCUUUAAUAGUACUGCUGCUACCCUCAGUCCUACUUACUUCCCUCAAGGAUCCCCUUCUAUCCAUCUGUCCCCUCUGAAACAGCCUCACACACGCCUGUCGCCAUGUUCCCUAUCCAGCCAAUGUAUAUCACCAAUCAAUACAACUAUGACCUCACCGGUGGCAUCGGGGUUGGCCAGCCGGUCUACCCAAACACUAUCAACUUGAAAAACUCUUCAAUAUCUCACGACCGCUGCAACUCUGCUUCCGGCACUGACAGUGGUGGUAACGGUGGUGGUGGUGGUGGUAGUAGUAGUGGUGGUAACGGUGGAGCAAGUGGUGGUGGAGGUGGUGGUAGUGGAGACAAACCAUUCAAGUGUGAUGUCUGCAGGAAAUCCUUCUCCAGAAAAGCUAACCUCAACAACCAUGAGCAUGCCGCUGCAGUUGCAGCUUCCACUGCAAAUUCCAGCAGUGUGUCUGCAGUUGGGGAGAAACAUUUCAGCUGUUCCUUCUGCUCCAAGACUUUUUCCCAAAAGGUGUUUGUGCGCAAUCAUGAACUGACCCACACUGGUGUGAGGCCUCACCAGUGCCCUGUAUGUCCGAAAGCAUUUGCUCAGAAGGUCCACUUGAAAGUCCACUCUCGAAUUCAUUCAGGAGAAAAACCUUAUCAUUGCACUUACUGUUCGAAAGCGUUUUCACAGCGAGACCACCUCACCAACCACGAACGGGUACACACUGGAGAGAGACCAUUCCGAUGUUCUUUCUGUUGUAAAGCCUUCUCUCAGCGAUCCCACCUGCGUAAUCACCUCAGGACACAUACAGGAGAGCGUCCUUACAAUUGUUUCUCGUGUGACAAGACAUUUGCCCAAAAGGCUCACUUGACCAUUCAUCAACGCACACACUCUGGGGAGAAACCUUUCAACUGUGGCGUAUGUGGCAAAAGUUUCCCUCAAAGGGUCCACAUGCAGAAGCAUGAACGCAGUCACAGCAGCGAAGAACUGAUGCGUGCCGGUGUCACACUUCAUGUACCAACUGUCCGGCAGCAACAGCAACAACCUCCUCCUUUGACACCUUCCCCUCCUUGUUCAGGGCCAAAUUCUUCAUCUCCUCUUAUGACAAGCUGCAAUUGCAACUGUACCUGCAACCUGCUCAUGUGCACGCAAUGCUCCCCAAAUGCAUCGCCGUCACCAAUUCCUAUUGCAUCUCCAUGCAACAUGCAAAUGAAUCAGAGAUUGACAACAAUUUCUUCAGCAUCUAUUGCAACAAUCUGUCCCCGACAGAUGUCCGGUCGGUCAGCGUGCGUCACUCCAACUCCUCCGCUUUCUCAGGGCAAUCUUUCUCAACAGUCAAACUAUUGCACAGCUCGCAGUUACCCUGGCAACUCCACCAAGUGGAGUAACAACAACAAUAGUAGUAAUGUCACCAUGUGUUUACCUUCCUCUUCAUGUGGCAAAAACAUGAAACAAAACAUGCAUCAAAGAAGUUGAAACUUUCCAAAUGAGCAUCCCCCAUCCACGCCCCUGUCCAUCUCUUCCUCAGGGGAAACAGUUCAAGUCUUGUAGUUUAUCUUCUGUUUAUGGAGUUUGAUAACUCAUUCUGCAUUGAAUACAUUAGUAGCUGUUAGCCCCAGCUACCAGUGCUACUCCUCUCUCUCCCCCUCUGUUGUUGGGUCUUCUGUGUUGGUCACGGAUCACUUCUCUCUCUCUCUCUCUCUCUCCAACACACCCACCUGGUCAACAGAUGCCCUAAGCUAUACACAUUCACUAUGUAAACACAAACAUACACAUCCUACAUUCUGCAUAUACACACACAUGCAUCAGUGCAAUAUAACCCAGUGUAUUGGUCAAGUGUCCUGUUUCUACCCUCCAUCCUCAUACACCCCUCCUAUUUGGAGAAUGGGUGGUCAUCAUGCAUGGACAGAGACUUGUAGUAAGCAUAGAUGGGCUUGAAUUUGUGUGGUAGCCAGUGUUGUUGAUGUAAGGCUGAGUGGUGGCCACCACCCUUGGCUGGUGGUAUGCUGCAGUAGCCAAUGGGGAUUGUAAGGUUAUGAGUGCAAAGGCUCCACUUUUGACCAGGUAUGGAGUUGUGUAUUAAAUGGUGAUAGAUAGUCCAGUCCUGUUACAGUAAUUAGCAAUUAUAGUAAUUAACUAUUACCUUAAAUGUUUCUCUGUAGCCAGAUAGCUUUGUCGAAAUGUUUAAAUAGCAUCCUCUACACCAUUGUCUUCUCAGCUUCCACACACCUCUCAAUACUACUACUUCUACGUUGAUCAAGCAAGGCCAAGAUCAAAGACACUCCAAUCAUGACUACCUUUGAUAUUUUGUAUUCCAGGGAGUACGCUGUAUCUGUUAAGAUGGUCGGAUACAUUUGAGGGACUUUAACUGCUAUUUCUAGCAGAUCUAGAAGCUCACAUAGAGGUUCCCUCAUCUACUUGAUAAUGGUUCUUGCAUCUUACAUCAGUUCUGUCUCCAAUCUAUGAAUUUCCUUUGUAAAUCACAGGCGCUGGAGUUCAUGUCUCUUCACUAUACAUACGAGUGAGAUUGUAACUUGGAUAAUACAGCAGUUUGCCCUACGUUGACAGUUUACACCUACUGGAGGUGUCCCCUUGGGUUUACAGGAACGACUACUAUCUACUUCAUUGUCUCUUGUAGGGGAACCACCAGGUUCUAGUUGCAGGUCUUCCUCUCAGCUUCAACAUACUUUCUUUACUGACAGUACACUGUCUGUACUUGACCAAGGGCAGUUACAAUGACCACACUGCUUAUACUCGGCCAAGGCACUCUAACUAGCUCAGGUUACUCAGAGACAAAUUGGUGCUUCGUGUACUAAUCACUAAUUAAUUACGGGUGGGUUUUCAAUAAUUUGAGAAGACAGAAGGGACGUUACUCGGUAUACAAUUAUCUCCUCUUGAGUGAUUUCCUGAACCUUCUAAUAUAUCACGACCCUCUACCGAAACUGAUCGCUACAGCUGCUAGUGUAUGUUGCCUGAAGGGAUCAGCCUACCAUUAGCAUUGUUAUUGUUUAACCACAGGUCAGCCCUACUGGUCAAGAGAUGUUUCAUUGUGACCAUCCUGGCUUUAUAUCAGGAGUGACAUUAUGCAGUCUAUCCUCUUUGAAAGACAAUAGAGAGGUAUUUUGCGUUAAUUUUGUUUGCAAUUUUUGAAGAUCAAGGGACUGUCAAUGGUAAUUCCAGAUUCCUGAUUUCACUGAUUAGAUAAAGUGGUCAGUUAUGAAAACUUGAAUUAUGGGUUCAUGUCACAUUGACACCACUUCACCACUGGGGCCUGAAUUGUAAUAUUUUACUGGAGACUGGGAAUGAAUCGUGGAUGACAUCUCCCUUCUAAAACAUAUUAAGAAAGCAUUAAUUGAGAACACUGCCAUGUAUGUGUGUGUAUAUGUAUGUUAUAUGGGUCAAUGUUUACAACUGACGCUCUGAUGCUUGCUCAAAGUGUUUUGCAAGAAUGUGUGUGUGUGUGUGUAAGCAUGGUAUGGCCAAAUGGUUGAGAAGUUUGCAUCACAACCUUGAUGUCUUGGGUUCAGUCUUAGUGUGUGGCAUCUUGGGCAAAAGUUAUUUUCUGUUACCUCAACAUUGACCAAUACCGUAUGAGUGAAACUGGAUCAAUGGAAAAAGCAUCGAAGCACAUCAGGUGGGGGCUGUACUUUGUGAUUCAAAAGGCACAGCCUUGUUACUGUGUCACAAUGAUUCUACUCUGAGAAUUCCAUUAAGGAAACGGCUUUUAUCUGAGGAAUAUUCAGCAACUUACAUUUUAAUCAGUUGGUCAAACAACUGAUUUUUAUCAUCAGACAAUAGAGAUCCACCAGAGAAGGACAAUAUUUAUGGUACUUUUUGGUAUGGCCUUUCUGUAUUUAGGUCCUAAUAUUUUUAAGGAGUUGCUGUCUUCAUUUUAAACUGACACAAAAACUUGGAUCGUCUGUUGGUUCCCACAAGAGUAUUUUUUUGUAUCAUCACAGUGGGGAGAGACACCCAACCUGACAAAGUCUAUUGUAUUUUGGCCUCAUCAAAGACAACAUAUGGAAUCAUUAUAUAUGAUCUCGUUGCCAGGAAUGUUAGCUGUGAUAAACUAGCAUUCUGUCCAGGAGAGCAUGUGUCUGCUUCCACUUAAUACUAAUGAAUGCAGAAUGAUGUAGCAACUUUCUGUGUCUCUAAGACAUCUCUGUUUUCAUCAUAACAUUUGACUAACAUUUGUUUCAUUUUCAAGUUUAAUUAAAAGGGACAUUUAUUUAUUUAUUUAUUUUUUUGUAUCAAUGUUUAGAAGAUGCCUGUUCAACACGUAACCUACAGGGUUGAUCCUCUUUUGAGGAAUGCAUUGAACUGUUUUAUACUACAACCUACAACCCUGGUCCUUUUCUGUGGAAUCUAAACAAAGCCAAUAUCUUCUUUCCUUCACAUUCUUCCCAACAUCACUUUUUCUUGCUUUUUUCUAAUUUUCUUCCGAUGGCCCUUUCUCACCUCCAUUUUCUAUAGAUUUUCUUUGUUCUCUGAUGCUCUAAUCAUCAACAAGUGCCUUGAUUCCAGCCAGCACAAAAACACUGAUUCCAGAUUCAAUUCUUCUUAGAACUAAACAAUCUUUAAAACCAAGCAAAACUUUGAAAAAACUUGCAUCAAUGACAAACUUUUCUAUAUUUUCAUAAUUUCCCCCUCCCUCCCUCCACCUCCUCACAUCUUUUUGUUAUAUUUUAAUUUUAUUUCUAAAACUCUUCAAGACUACAAAAAGAUAACUAAAUAUAAAUUUAACAAAAACAACAAUAAACAAACAUUAUUUCUUGAA